AUGGGGAAAGUAUCAGCCAACGACAAGCUUAGGCAACGUCACAAUCCUCUUUUGAAGGAUAUUUCGUCUCAGGGAGGUAACUUAAGAGCAACACCAAGAUCAGCACAUGCAAAAAAUAAAAAGUCCAAGUCCAAUGAAGUACAAGACCAAAGUGAGGAAGGGUACUUGGAUGCCGUCAGUUCGAGAAAGAUCUUACAGUUGGCCAAAGAGCAACAAGAUGAGUUGAGAGAUGAGGAGGAAGCACAACCUUCAAGUUUUGCCCAGGCGUUUAAAGAACAAGACGUGAGCAGCGAUGAGGAAGAAAAUGAUCAACAAUAUUCCGAUUUUGAAGAGGAGGAAGAAGAAGAGGUCAUUUACGAUGAGGAAGAGAUUGAAGUCGAUGAAAAAGAUGCAGAGUUGUUUAAUAAGUACUUUCAGAAUAAUGGACCAUCUACGAAUGGACAAAGUAUAAACUUGGCCGAUAAGAUUCUUGCUAAAAUUCAGGAAAAAGAACUGCAACAACAAGAACAAGUGCAUGAAAGACCCGAAGAUGCCGUUUUACUACCUCCAAAAGUUAUUAUGGCGUAUGAGAAGAUUGGACAGAUAUUAUCGACAUACACUCAUGGUAAAUUGCCCAAAUUAUUCAAAAUUUUACCAAGUUUGAAAAAUUGGCAAGAUGUGUUGUACGUUACAAAUCCAGAAAAAUGGACCCCUCAUGCUACGUAUGAAGCUACAAAGCUAUUCGUUUCGAACUUGACUGCCAAUGAAGCACAAAAAUUUGUUGAGUCAGUGCUUUUGGAGAAAUUUAGAACAUCAAUUGAAGAUUCUGAUGACCAUUCAUUAAACUAUCACAUUUAUCGUGCUUUGAAGAAAUCAUUGUAUAAACCAGGUGCAUUCUUCAAAGGGUUCUUAUUGCCAUUGGUGGAUGGGUAUUGUUCAGUUCGUGAGGCCACUAUUGCUGCUUCAGUAUUGACAAAAGUUUCAGUUCCUGUUUUGCACUCGUCAGUUGCGUUAACUCAAUUACUACAAAGAGAUUUCAGUCCAGCAACUACUGUAUUUAUUAGAGUGUUGAUCGAAAAGAAGUAUGCCCUCCCAUACCAAACUUUGGAUGAGUUGGUGUUUUAUUUUAUGAGAUUUAGAAAUGCAGCUCAGGAUCAAAUGCAAAUCGAUGACACUUCAGAGGAUAAGAAAGCACCACAGUUACCUGUUGUAUGGCAUAAGGCCUUCUUAUCAUUUGCACAACGUUACAAGAACGACAUCACCGAUGAUCAAAGAGAUUUCUUACUUGAAACUGUAAGGCAGAGGUUCCAUCAUGCUAUAGGGCCGGAAAUUAGAAGAGAAUUGUUAGCUGGUAAGCCAAGAUUGACUGCUGCUGAUGUAUCUAAAAAGGAUGGGUUAAUGGUAGAUGCAUUCUAA